AAAUACUAUUUUUUUUAUUUACUAGCAACACGUGUGGUAGGAUGCAUAUUUACGAGUGAAAAGCACCAUUAGAUUUGUUUAAUUUAAAUACUGAUUUUUUAGAAUAUCAAAAUGAAGAUUAAACGCCACAGGCGAGUAAAAAAAUCUCUUAAUUUUUAUAAAAAUAACUUUAAUUUUAGAACUCCUUAUCAAGUUUUAAUAGAUUCGACUUUCUGUCAUGAAGCUUUAAAAUGCAAAUUGAACAUUAUGGAACAAAUGCCUAAAUAUCUAGAAGACCCAAAUGUGCGACUCUAUACUACACCUUGUGUAGUAAUGGAAACAGAAGGAUUAGGUCCAAAAGCAUAUGGUGCGAUGCGUGUUGUCAAACAGUUUAAGGUUAGGAAAUGUGGCCAUGAAAAAAAUGAGACCAUAUCUGCUGAAGAGUGCAUUCUCUCUAUGGUUAGAGACAACAAUCCUGAGCACUUAAUGGUUGCUACAACAGAUCCACAGCUUAGUAGUAAAUGUUGGCUACUGCCUGGUGUGCCUUUACUUUAUAUCAGCUACAAUGCUAUAAAUCUUGAAAAACCAUCAGACUUAAGCAUAGGAAUUGCGAACAAGAAUAUGAAAGUGGCUGUUGAAAUUCCUCAAGAACAGAAAAAAACUUUACAGCAAUUAAAACCUGCCGAAGAAAGAGUUCCAAUCAGAAAGAAAAGAAAAGCCAAAGGUCCUAAUCCAUUAUCAUGUAAGAAAAAGAAAAUGAAACCAAAUCCGAAAGUACCUAUGGCAUCGCAGACUGAUAAAGCUGCAAAAAAGAAACGACAUAAAAAAACAAAAAAAGCUGCAUUUUCAUCUGAGGCUUCAAAUUCUAUGAAUAGUUCUUGAUAUAAAUUAAUGUAAUAAAUACUGAUGUACUGUACAUAUAAAAUGUAUAGUGAAAUUUUAUAAGUAAAUUAUUAUUCAUGGAGUUUUCAAACUAAUAUAAAAAAAUAGAAAAAGAAAAUUUUGAAAAACAUC